AUGUCAACGACGAACGUUAGAUUUAUGACAUGCAGAUAUUGCGGAAAAACACGCGAUCAAAAACUCUUAACAGUUUGCCCGGAAAACAAGACAAUGUUGAAUAAAUGGAUCAGAAUUCUUGGCAAAAAAUUUGGGGAGAAUGUGAAGAAUAAAUUGAACAAUCGCAUUUGCCGAAGUCAUUUCGAGAAUUUGAAUGGACCCCGAAAACCGAAUCAUCUUCCAGUUAGAGAGGAAGAAGAAGAUCAGGAGGAUCAGCGAAGAAAUGAUAAUGUUGCGAGAGUUCAUUAUGUUCCAGCACCGGUUAGACAAGUUGUGGUGAGGUUUUGUUUUGAGGUAGAGAAAAUUGGUGGCCUAGGAUACCAAAUAUAGUUUUGGUGGCCUAGAAACCGAAAUAUGGUGUUGGUGGCCUAGAAAUCCAAUUUUGAUGGGCUAGAAAAUGAUAAAUAUACAUUUGGAGGCCUAGAAACCCAAAUACUGUUCUUGGUGGCUUAGAAACCCAAAUACAAGAUUCAGAUGGCCUAGAAACCCAGAAAUAAUGCUUUUUCUGGCCUAGGAAUCCGGAAAUACUAUUAUCGGUGGCCUAGAAAUCCAAGUACUGCUUUUGGAGGCCUAGAAACUCAAAAACCUGAUUUUCAUGGCCUAAUUUUAAGAAAUACCAAACUUUAACUUACAUUUUUCAAAUUUUUUGAAUUGAAAAAUCAAUGCUUUCUAUUUUUUGCUCAAAAAAUUCCAAUAUUUUUCAGCCGCAAAAUCCAGGUGGAUUACUCCAAAGAGAGAUCAAAAUCGAAAAUAUGGAAGGAUUCGAUAGAAAUCGAGGCCAAAUGGCGGCUCGCCAACGAGACGAUCAAAAUUUGCUCAAUUUCCAAUGCCGCGUCUGCGAAGUCUACACAAACGAGGAAAAAUUGAUGACGUUGGUGCCGCGCGAAAUGCGCGAACUCUACAAAUGGUUCGAUAUUUUGGGCAUGGAUUUCGCGGAAAACGUCGUCAAAAACCAGGAACCCCAUUAUAUUUGCAUGUGUCAUUUGAAAGAUAUGGUAACUCAAUUGACCAAUUUGUUGUGAAUAAUUUACUAUUUUUUUAUUUUUGUUGAACACUGUUUUCUUGUUUUUUUAUACGCACUUUUUCUUGUUUUAAUAAAUUUUGGUUUGGGGAAAUCCUCUUUUUUUCCCCGAAAAAUAUCAUUUGUCUAGACAUCAUAUUUUUGAAAAAGAAGAAUUUUUUGAAUUUUCAAUUUCAAAAAUGAAAAUGAAAAUCCAGAUUUUUCUCCAAAUUAUUAAUUUCCAAAUUUCCACCAUUUUCACCCAAGAGGCUUUUCACCUUCUCAUGCAAAAUCCAAUGAUUGCUCAUAUUUCAAUGCGGCACACGGAAGCUUAUAAAAUCCGCGCGGAAAAUCCGGAAAACGAUGAGUUCCACGUGGAAAAAAUGCUGGAAAAUGUGCCGAAAGCGUGGGUUUUUUAUUGAUUAAUUUCAUAAUUAAUUAGCUAAUUAAUGAUUUUAGGUUGGCUAAUUUGUUUAGCGAUGAUUUUGAGAGAUCAUUUGAGAACUUGGAACAAUAUUUAGGAACUUUGAAUUUGAAAAUUUGUGAGGAGAACUUAAAGACUUGUGAGUUAUUUUUAAAAAUUCACUUCAAAAUUAUCUAUGUAGCUACAGUAAUUUUUAAUUAGUGUAAUUAAUUAAUAAAAUUAUUUUUUUUCAGUCCAUCAAAAUCAAACCCUUGGACUCUACAACUAUAUCAAAUUCGAAAAUUCCAAAUAUUUGAAAAAUCCCAAGAAAUCAGAAUCUACUGUGUCUAAAAUCACAUUCCACUUCGAAAAUGAAAAAAUGUACACAAAUGACGCCAUCAAAUUUUUUGUCAAUGUUGAAUUGACACAUAAAAUGGGAUGGAAAAUAACAAAGAAGAUUUUUGUGGAAGUUCGGAGAAGUGUUGAUGUGAAAAGUGCAAGAUAUCUAGUGACUCAUAUUAGUUUUGAUGGAGAUUGUUAUGAUUUGGAGAGUUUUGAGAGCUCGAAUUCGAGUUUGGUGAAUAUUUGGCGGGGAAAUGGGGAAGCGGAAACUGGAAUUGAGAAUGCUGAAAAAUUUAUCGCAGGAUUUUCAGAUGUGUAAGUUCAGUGUGGCAGAAAAAAAUAUGUGGAGAAAAAAUGUUACAGAAUUUUGGAAAGGGAAACUUAUCAGGAAUUUUCAUAUUUCACAGAUGAUUUUGAAAUUAUUUAUCAAGUUGGAGGAAAUGUGAAAAUACAGGAGAGAGGUUUAUGUUAUGACGUGGCGAACAAUAAUUUAAGCCUUUGGAAAAAAUCACAAAAAUUUUUGAAUAUUCAGAACACUGUUGAGAUCUGAAAAUCAAAAAUUCAAUAAUUUUUUUUUGCCACGUCAUAACUCAAUCUUUUCUUCAGAGUCUGCCCUCGAAUUCUUGAAAACCUUUGCCGAAAAAAUUUCGAAAUCACAAAAUCAAACAUUUUUCAUUAUCACUCAAAACCUGGAUCACACAGUUUUUCGAAUUUCUUUCAAUUCGAAUCCGGAAAAUUUAAAAUGGAGUUUUCAUGUUGAAAUUGUGAAGGUAAACACUUUUUUUUGAUUUUGAAAAAACUUUUUGUUUUUUUUUAGCAAAUUUCAACCUGGAAAACUUCGCGAAUAAUUUUGAAUCAUCCAAUUUUCGGAUAUAAUCAUUUUUUUGAAAUUGAUCAAAAUUCAACCAUGAAAUUUGCAAACGAAAUUAGUCAAUUGUGAGUUUUCAGAUAGAUUUUCAGUCAUAAUUCUGAUUUUUCAGACAAUGGGAUACAAUGAAAUCAGUGAAAAAAUUCGAAAUAAUCGAGAUUUGUGAAAAACAAGUUGUUUUUGAUGAAAAAAAUCCGGAAAUUUAUGAUUUCUUCAGAAGAUUUGCAGGAUUGGUUGGCGGAGAAAACCAGCUUGUAAGUUUUUUUUUUGAUUCCUAACUUGCUCCAUUUUUUACAGAACUCAUUCAAAAUAUCCAAUUUCAAAUUGAAGAAAAAUGAUGAAUUCGAUUUCACAGUCAUUUAUUCUUAUGGUAAAAUAUCGAUUGAGGUGCAUUAUAAAGAAAGAUUUGUAAGGCUUUUUUGAUAGACUAUUCUGAUUUCAAUUUAUUUUUUUCAGAACUAUAAACUUGGAAUUUUCCAACAUAAAAGUAUCACCUUGUAUUGCCCUCUGGAUUAA